AUGAUCCUGCAGCGAGUGCUGCGCUCAGCGCGGCCGGAGCGGUACGCUGGCAGCCUCGAGCGACUCACUCGUCUGACGCAGCGUCGACAGUGGACGCUUCCUUUGCGACAGUCUCGCGGGUUUAGCAGCGAGUCUGAUGCCGCCGCAGCGGAGAACAAAGAGCCACCAAGCCAACCCAGUGAGCAUUCUGCAAGUGACGCUGUUGCGCAGCCGCCUUCGAUUGUGCAACGGGUCCCGUUUCGGGAGCUGGUACUGCCUUGCAUCCCGCUGUACCGUCGGCCGCUCUUUCCCGGAAUUGUUGCGCCAAUUCUGGUCCAAGACUCGGCUGCAUGUGAGGCGUUCCUUGCAAUGAAGGAUGGUGGUAACCGGUUCGCUGGCCUCUUCCUCCAUAAAAGCGCAGGUCAGGGUCGCCAACAGGGUGGCGGCGAAGCGCCCGGGGGCAUCACCGCGCUCCCCGCUGACGGACUCUUGCGCGGAGCGCCGGAUCCGGAUCAACUGUUCAAAGUUGGGGUUAUUGGUGAACUGCUGCGUAUGGCUCCGCGACCGAAGGGUCUCGAGCUCACCUAUAUGUGUCACCAUCGAAUCCGCGCCACCGGGGUUGCUCGCCGCGAGGCGUUGCUGUUCCUCCACACGGAGCCCGUCCAGGAGGAGAAGGUGGAACAGACCACCUCCAUUCGAGCGUAUUCUCUUGCGGUAGUUGAAACACUGCGAGAGCUCUUGUCUGCGGGAUCGCUGUACAAGGAACAACUGGAGCUGCUGCUCGAAUCCGUGGAUGUGAACAACCCCUAUCAUCUUGCAGAUCUGGGCGCUUGCCUCGCCUCGACAGCAGACGCUGCCGCUUUGCAAGAAAUUCUCGAAGAGCCACGACUGGAAGAGCGUUUGAGCAAAACUCUUGGACUUCUCAAAUCCGAGCUGGAGACCAUUCGCGUGCAACGCAAGAUCAGUCGGCAAAUCGAAGAGAACGUCUCCAAUGCGCAGCGCAAGUUCUUUCUCAACGAGCAAUUGAAGUACAUUCGCAAAGAACUUGGCUUAGAGAAGGAUGAGCGCGAGUCAGUGAAAUCCAAACUUUUGGCUCGACUGGAGCAGAAGCAAGUACCAAAGCAGGCGGCCAGCGUCAUCGACGAAGAGAUGCAGAAACUGAGCGCCUUGGACCCGGCCAGCUCCGAGUACAAUGUGACGCGCAACUACCUCGACUGGCUGACCAUCAUACCCUGGGGUGUCUACUCGCAGGAUAACCUCGAUAUCCAGAAUGUACGUGCGGUGCUAGACGAGGAUCACUAUGGAAUGGAUGAUGUGAAGAAGCGGAUUCAGGAAUUCAUCGCCAUUGGCAAACUCAAGGGCACCGUCGAAGGCAAGAUUCUACUGCUGAGCGGACCCCCCGGGGUCGGCAAGACAACCAUUGGCAAGUCCAUCGCUCGCGCACUGGGCCGCAAGUGCUACCGUUUCUCCGUCGGCGGUAUGAGCGACGUCGCUGAAAUCAAAGGUCAUCGGCGAACGUACGUGGGCGCUAUGCCCGGCAAGUUCAUCCAAGCGCUCAAAGUUGCGCAGACUCAGAAUCCGCUCAUUCUCAUCGACGAAAUCGACAAACUCGGCCGAGGCUGGCAAGGAGAUCCCUCGUCGGCACUCCUCGAAGCACUGGAUCCCGAGCAGAAUAACGCUUUCCUGGAUCAUUAUCUGGAUGUGCCGGUGGAUCUCAGCAAAACCCUCUUCAUCUGCACGGCCAACGUAAUCGAUUCGAUCCCGUCACCGCUUCUAGACCGCAUGGAAAACAUCUCCCUACCUGGAUAUAUUCUGGAGGAAAAAGUUGCCAUUGCCCGACGCCACCUGGUACCGCAGGCUCGCAAGGCAGCUGGCCUUACAGCUCGUCAACUGGUGAUCCGUGAAGGCGCUCUGCGGGCGCUCGCACGCGAUUACUGUCGCGAGGCUGGCGUCCGUAGUCUUCAAAAACAGAUUGAACGCAUCUGCCGCAAAGUAGCGCUGCAGAUCGUGAACCAGGACAUCGGCCAGAUGGUUGUCAACAGCGAAUCGCUCCCGGAACUCGUCGGAAAGCCCCCGUACGCAAGCGAGCUCGCUUAUCGCCGCAUGCCGUCUGGGGUAGCGCGGGGUCUCGCCUGGACACCUCUGGGCGGAGCAGUCCUCUACGUUGAGAGUAUUGAUACCGGGCAUCAAGGUAGUGGAGGCGCUUUUACUGGUGGUCCACGCCUCCAUACGACGGGCCAAAUCGGCAGCGUCAUGAAAGAGAGCAGCGAUAUUGCGCUCUCUUUCGCUAGACGCUUUCUCCAGGCCAAAGAUCCAGCAAAUCGCUUCUUUGAACGUGCCUAUAUCCAUAUGCACGUUCCCGAGGGUGCCACGCCCAAGGACGGACCCUCUGCCGGCUGCACCAUGGUGACGAGUCUGCUCUCGCUGGCGUUGAAUCGACCGGUACCCAGCGACUUGGCCAUGACUGGUGAGAUGACACUCACUGGACGCAUUCUGCCGGUUGGCGGCAUUCGAGAAAAGGUUGUUGCGGCGAAACGUGCCGGGUUGAAGCGAGUCCUGUUACCCCAGCAGAAUAUCAGAGACUGGGAAGAACUGCCCGACUAUAUUCGUCGGGGCUUGGAGGUCUCGUUUGUCAGCUCCUACGACGACGUCUAUCGCAUUGCAUUUGCCAGUGCUGGUGCCGGUGCCAGUGCCGGUGCUAGUGGACCAGCAGACGCCAACGCAGAUGACGCACGAGAAACCACAGCGGUUGCGUGA